UUCCGUGCUUUGAUUUUGAAAGGUAAUAGCGGAUCGGCUAACGGGAUAACUGUGCUGCUGGACGGGUAAACGAAUGAAUGAGUGGAUGAAUAAAUGAAUGUGUGAAGGUAUGACAGGAUGACUGCUGCUUCGUCCGCUACAAGAAAUUGACUAUGAGGAUGACAAUGAAGGGUAACAUGAUGAUGAUAAAGUUGAUCGAUCGCGGUCGUUUCUGCUCCGCAGUGGAAUCUCAGCAGCAGCUGUAGAGUCAUGCAACAGAAGUUGUCCUCCAGAGGUUCUGGUUCUUUCUUCUUAGAGAGGACUGGGCAGGCCUGUGGUGCCGUUACAGAUGCUGUCACUUCCUGUGACCUCCCAUUCCGCUGCCCGCGCUGUGGCGAUCAGGAGCGGUUCUGUAGCUUAGCGUCACUUCGUGCUCACCUGGAAUUCCGACACUCGUACCGUUCACCUGACAUGAAUGCAGGUGGUUUUAGUAUCACUGGAAAACUCCCAGACCCUCUGAUGGCAGUGAUCCCCUGGUAUGACAUGAGUCUACCCACCCGUAGGGGGCAGCAUAGCUCAUGGCGGCCACCUCAUGUACGUUCCCUCAGCGACAGCAGAGACGGCGAGUGUCUGCCCUCGUAUAGUUCAGCCCGCAGACGGACACAAAGUGUUGGAGUGGGAACACAGGCCGAGGAGGAGGAAGAUGAGGAAGAGGGGACAGAGGAUGAAGACGAUGAGGAAGAUGAAGAGGAAGACGACAGAGAUGGAGGUAGUAAUGAUGACCACAUCAAAAUAUCCACAAAAAGGUCAAACUCAGGCCACCGUCACUUCCUCUUCUCCUCUGUGGCUCCUCUGGGACCUCCACCUGACCUGGACCUGGACCAAGACCUGGACCUAAUUAACCACAACCCAUACACUGGUCUGGAGACGGCUGCGGCCUCCGUGGCUGUGAGACGGCGGCUGGCCAGUAUUCUGCGUGCAGCGGACAGCACCAUGCAGCGGCGUCUGGCCCGAGUGAGCACAGAACUGGCCCAGACUGACACGCAGCUCCUGUGUGAGCGCGCUCAUUCACUGCACCUUGCCCAGGAGAGACAGGAAAUGGCAGAUCGGGAGCGCUCUUUGAGUCGGCAGGUGGAUGUGGCCGUCAUGGUGAUCGCGGCGCUGAGAGAGCAGCUCAACGCCUCGGAGAAUGAACUUGAGCGACGAGAGAGGGAGGUGAUCACCAUCCAGAAGUUUCUGGAAGCAGCCGCCCGACAGGAGACCAAUGGAAAAGUUCGAAUCCAGUGCUUCAUUGAGAACCUACUGAGACGAAUCGCUUUGGCAGAGAGACUGGUGGAGUACUACCAGGUCAAUGGAAGUCCACUGACUCAGUCCAACCGCUACAAGGAGACUGAUAACGGGCCUCAGAGAAUCACUAAGAGCAGGUCAGCAGUCGGUCCACUCUCCUCUUCCUCCAUCAUCCACCACAGCAGGACAAAUUCUUCUUCCUCUCAGUUUGUGGGCCACCAACCCUCCUUUAAAUCGGCGAACGAGCGCGAGCGUGAGCACCGUGAACGUUUGGCUCAGUCGUCCAAACUCUUCUGUCGGCCUGAACACAGGGACGACAUCUGGAAGCAGCAGCGGCGCCGAUCUGCAGGGUAUGAACUGUAAAAGAGCCAGAGGGGGCGGAGUCCGAAUCUGGAUUCAGUUUAAUAAUCUAUGGAAAAUCAGCAGCAUCGCGAUAUUAGCAUAUCAUGUAAUCUGUAAGAAUUGGUAUGGUUUAUCUUCCAAUAAUGAAAACCUGAUAACGCAAUGCCUCAAGUCAUGGGUACCAUAAAAUACUUUUGAGUAUAAAACUACGGCUGUAUGUUAAAAUCACUAGAUGGCAGCAUUGCAGCUAAUUUAAUUAAUCUCAUACUCGUACAGUGGUUUGUACAGAUAAAUAAAUAAAUAUUACCAGGCCUAUAUUGGAAUCGGAAAUUAAGUGUUCGGACAAUAUCAGCAUAUCGGAUAUCGGCAAAAACUUAAUAUCGGAUAUCUGUAGGUGUAGGCUUUUCCACAUAGGAUUAAACUGAAUCUGAUCUGUAGUAGAACGACAGUAAAAUAAACCUCACGCAUUGAAUGUGAAAACUCAAAUGUGAAUAAGAAAAUUUUACAUUUUCGUACAUCCAGUCUUGAACCUUGUCUCCAGACUGUUUCUCUGAGUUCUUGGUUAAGGAUGCCAGUCUUUAUGUUUUAAUCUCAGAGUUAAUGUUGAUGUUUGGAUUUUGGAUAAAGACAAACGAUUCUUCACGUGUGGAUUUCUGGACCGGUGUUAGGAUGCUGUUAGAACUCCAGUGGAACCACAGCCUGUAGCAUCUAUCUGUUGAAAGUAAGGGGAGGAUGUGUCCCAGGAGGAACAUUUUCUGGUUCCAUAGAUUUGAUGGAGGCUCAUCUGUGGAGAACGUCUGGAUGUUUGUCGACAUUUGUGUUCCUUGAACUGAACUUUUUUUUUCUUCUGGUUCCUGUUUAACGUGGACUGUACCUGUUGGUGAUCAGUGGAGAUAUGACAUCAUAUUUUAUUUAUGUAAAAAUGACAUGUAAAUAUAAAUAUAAUAUAUAUUUAAAUAUAUUUACUAGAUAUAUUCAAGGCAGAUAGUCUUCUUUAUCUUGUUUUUUUGUGUAAUUAUUAUUGAUAAUGUGAUCAAAUGUGUGGAAAUACUUAUUUAUUCAAUAAUUAAAGUGUUGUUUAAAGACGUUAGAAUCAGUUUGUACAGAUCUGUGAGCGAUUAGUUGUCCUGGUCUGUGGUUGGAGUUUGUAGAAAACUUUAUUGAGCAGAUUUUACAACGAUAAAAAAGUGAAUCUUCAUUGUAGAAAUCCAGUGUUUUGUCUACACAGAAGAGGUCUCUAAGAACUGUUUUAUUUUUUGUGAGAAUGUUUUAACAGAAUUUAACAGAAAGCACUUUGACGAGUGUGGUUUUGAGCUUGACAAUCAGAGGGUCUUGAAAACUGGAAAAAUAUGGCUUUCUAACGGUGAAAAAAGAAAAAAAACACAGAGACUAAGGUGUUUGGAUAUAAUUAAAGUCAACAGUGGAGUUCUAGGUUUAAGGAUUAGUGAAACUCAGUAUUGUGCCUUCAUUCUGAAAUUUUGUCAUCUGUUAAAAGAAAAGUGUGGAUUUCUUUCCUUCAUUUCCCAUUUAAAAAAAAUAAAAACAAACUACAAACCACCUUCCUCUGCCUCAUUAAUUUUAUUUAAAAAACAAAUGUGGUGAUAAGGGUUUGGAAGUUGUGUAAGGUUCUACAAAAACAGAUUUGGAGACGUGGGCGUGUCUGCAGAUUGCAGCUUUGACAGAGACCACGUGGCGGCACUGUUGUUACAUAUACAAUAAUACUAUUACGGAAUUGUUUAUUAUAGUUGUAAAUUUAAAUAUAUUGAAUUAAUGAAUGUACAUUAAUUGGAAUAUUAUUGUAUUAACUUAUUACCUAAGUUUGAAGUCAUGAAGUAAAAUUAUUGACAGAAAAAGUAGUACUUAAAACAUCACUUGAAGAUUUAAACAGGAGAAAAAGACAAAAAGCCCCCCAAGUAAUUAGCAUUUAAUCUCGCGUCAUUCAGCUUGAAGCCUCGACAACAGAACUUUUCGUACUCUCUGGUGUUUCUGUGCUCUGUGUUUGUGUGUCAGUGUGUGGUAAACGUGUUGCUCUGUCAGUGCCUCACGGUGCGUUUGUAUACACUGCUGGUGAUUUUUUCACGUGAUAACGCCAGGAUUUGACGUCACAGCGGGGUCUGAGUGCACCAUGGUCCUCACGCAGCACCAUAGACUUUAUCACUGCAACGUUUUCUGGACAUAUCAGAGCAAAACAUCUACACACAGUCAGCGAAAGAAAACACACAUGAACAGCUGAGCUGCUGUGACACAGAUAAGCAAAUAAAAGUCAGAGAAACAAAAACAACUGGUCUAAACAUGGGCACGAAAUACUUUUUUUUACAUUUCUGAAAUGUAUUUCAGAAAUUUAGAAAAUGUUAAAAAUUCUAAAAAUGUCUUUGUUUGUUUGAUCCGUGAUAUAAAUUACAAAGAAAUUGAACACAAAGUCACAAUUGAACUUAUGUUAUAAGUGAAAGUAGUGGCGUCAAAACUUCUACAUUGUCUGCUUUGAGAAUCAUAGAUUUUCUCUGUGGAGUUUGGUACAGGAGAGAAAACAUUUGUGCUCCCACUCACAGCUUCCUGUCUAAGCCCAGUGGAUUUUAUUUCUGUGGCAAAACACAUUUGGAUCCACUUGACUUGAAGAGUCUGAGGACCGACGGCACGCAAACCUCAGAGGAGAACAUCCUCAAACCCAGAUCUGAGAUUAGGGCCUUAGAAAUCCAGACACAUAACAACUGGAGCAUCUUUCUGAAAAAAGUGGGGGUUUUUUGUUUUGUUUUUUAAAUUAUCAUUUAUUACUGAUAUUUUUAAAUGUUACUGGAGGUCAGUUUUGUAGUUGUACUGUAAGACAUCUCUUUGCCAACAUACUAUCAUCACCUUGGUCCAGGUCUGGUAAACAGAGGCUGAACAUGCCAUAUGUGGUUUAAAUGACCAUUUUCAGGCCUAGUUAAACAGAGAAACCAUCCAAUAUACUGAUGUUGUUAUUUCAACUUGAAUGAACUUGGUUCUGGACCAGGAUGUGUCGGGUCUUUGACAUCUGCUGCCUGGUUUUAACUCAAGACUUUGAUUCCUUCUCCCACCACCAGGCAGAUGAUGACAUCACUGUGAGUGAAAGUGUGACGGAUAUCUUCAAAAACACAGGAUCCCACGCCACUCGCCUCUUCACUUUCUCCCAGCCAAACCCCCCUUUUCCUCACCCGCCCACUCACAGCGUGACAUGGAGCACAGUAUAAAUUACUCCACACACUCAAGGUGUGUGACAUCAUACUGGUUCUGUCCAAACAACAUGUUCGCCUUUGAUGGACAGGAAGUGAAGAGUGGAACAAAAAUAGACGCUGUGAUUCAGAACACCAACAGUUCCAAAAACUGACAAGGGGCCAAACUGUGGGGACACAGUGUCAUCCAAAUUAAACAAACAAAGUUUGGAGACAGCACACACUAACAGUGUGUACAGAGCAGCAGGAGUGUGUCCAGUGUGUGAACUGCACGCAGACCACCUCAUAUCACUACAGGCCUGUUUUUAAGAGCAGAAAAAAUAAAUAUAUAUAUAUAUAAAGAGAAAAAAAUGAUAGUCCAAGAAAACUAGUUGGCUUUUCCAUCAGGUCAUUGCACAGAAACUGACCUUAUUAUUAUUUUAAAUGAUCUUUUGGCAACAACUGGUGUUGAUGGUUUGAUCUGUGGCUGUUGACACAGAUGGAUCCAGUACAGUCUGCUUUGACACUGAGGUUUGUUGACACAUUGGUUUUUAUCUUAUCCUUUAAACAAAGCUGUCAUCAUUGGAAUGUUUACUUAUUUUUCAGCAAUAUUAUCUACAUAAGGGUAAGAAACACCUAAUGGUAAUCAUAAAUUAAUUAAUAUUCCUAUUAAUUUAAUUCCUAUUUAUUUAAUAU